UAAAAAUAUUAAAAAGAAAAAGGAAGAUGAGGAUAAUAAGCUUUUUUUAUUACGAUAUCCGCACCAAUCUGAUUUUCGCCAAGGCUUAAUAAAAGACUCUAUGCGAACUCAAAGACGUAAAAUAGUUAUUGAGGGACUUUUUAAAGCAAAUGCGCAUUCCCCUCUUUUUUUUGACAGGAUGAGGAAAAAAACCUUUUUUUCUCUACCAUACCUGGCUCAACUGAAACGGCUUUUUAGAAAAUGGUCAUCCAUAAAAGAGUUUGGGAUUUUAGAAUCUACAGAGGAAAAAAAAAUAAUAAUAAAAAGAGAAACCAAAAAGGAAAAAAAAACGACGAGAGGAAAUAGAACGGUUAGAGAUAGGGGAAGCCUGGGAGACUUUUCCAUAUACCCAAAUAAUAAGAGGUUUUUUAUUAAUAACCCAAUCAAUUCUCAGAAAAAAGAUUCUAUUACCUUCAUUCAUAAUCGGUAAAAAUAUCGGGCGUAUGCUACUAUUUCAAACUCCUGAAUGGUCUGAAGAUUUAAAGGGAUGGAAUAGAGAAACGCAUGUGAAGUGUACUUAUAAUGGUAUUCCGUUAGCUGACAAAAAAAUUUCCGGAAAAUUGGUUGACAGAAGGUAUUCAAAUCAAAAUUUUAUUUCCUUUCUGUCUCAAACCUUGGCACGAAUAUAAAUCGCUAAAUUCUCGUGAUGACUUUUGUUUUUUAACAGUUUGGGGAAGGGAAACAGAACACCCUUUUGGUCAUCCACGACAAAAACCUUCGUUUUUUAAGCCUGUUUUUAAGGAACUUUACAAAUUUGUAAAAGUAAAAAUUAAAUUUUUAAAAAAGUUUUCAAAAAAAAACACAAGUUCAAAAGAAACAAGAACAAUACACCCGAGUGUAAUAAAAAAUGAAAAAGAUGAUCUAAUAAAUAACCAGAUAAUGAAUCAACCCUUGAGUAAAAUUGAAAAAAUUACAGAUUGGAAAAAUUAUUCACCGAUAGACAAAAUGCAGGCUAUCACUCAUAGGACAAGUACAAUUAAAAAAAAAACUAGAAAGAAUUACGGAAGAUAAGAAAAGGGUCACUCUAGAACUUGAUAUGAACCCUUACAAAAAAAGUUCGAGAUUAGCCUUGUCAAAAAAUUUUUGUCAAAUGUUGAAAAAAAAAAAAAAAUAGAUUAAUAUAUAAAUUUAAUUAUUUUAUAAAAUUAUUUAUUCAAAGAAUAUCUAAUUGUAUUUUUUUAUAUACUAUAUCUAUUUGCCAAAUGACUCAAAAAGUCUUUGUGGAAUCAACAAAAAUGAACUCUCUUUCAAAUUCAAAUAUAAAAACGCAUAAUAAUAAGCUUUAUAAGGAAAAUUCAGAGAGUUUUGGUGAUUUAUCCAACUUGUCACAAGCAUAUGUAUUGUACAAAAUAUCAGAAAGGGGUUUUUUGAACGUACGUAAUUUCCAUAUCUGUUCUUCAACAAAAUGGAACAUCUUUCUUGAUUAAAAAGAAAAUAAAAGACUCAUUUCAUACACAAGGAAUACUUCCAUCUGAAGGAAUAAAAAAACAACUUAAGCGGCCUAGAACGAGUCAAUGGAAAUUUUGGUUAAAAGGGAAUUCUCACUACGAUUUAUCUCCUAAUUUCUGGUCUGCCUUAAGAUCACAAAAACAAAAAUGGAGAAAUAGGGCGAAUCGCUAUCGUAGGUCUAAACAAAAAUAUUUAGACAAAAGGACUUCCGGUAAAAAAUUAAAAUUAAAUACUUACAGGAAACAAAAGGAUGCUAACUCAGUCUUGAAUAAAAAAACAAAAGAUAAUUUAAAAAAAUGCUAUCGAUAUGAUCUUUUAGCAUAUCAAUACAUUCAGUAUGAAAAAAAUAGUGGAACCCCUCCAGGAGCUAAACGGGAAGCAAUUUCUUAUCAUUACAAGAUGUCACAAAACAACUUGUUUGCGAUAACGAAAAAUAUUCCUAUCACUAGUUUCAGAGGAAAAAUAGAAAGGUUAAAUAUUCCAUAUCCAAAAAAAGAUGUCGAUAGAAAAUAUUUGAAUUGGAAAAAUAUUGAUUUUUCUCUUAAAAAAAAAGCGAAUAUUGAGUCCUGGAUCACGGGUAAUUAUAACAAUACUCAAAAUACUCCAAUUUUCACUUACAAUUAUCAAUUAAUUGAUAAAAUGGAAGAAAUUUUGAAAAUUGAGCAAAUUUUUAAAAACGAAAAAGAUCCUUUUGCUCUUUUGAUUCAGAAAAAUACCGAAAUGAAUCGACUCCAUUCUAGAAAUUCUUUAUUGGAUUGGAUGGGACUGAAUGAAGAAAUACUCGACCGUCCAUUAACGGCUGAGGAACUUUUGGUUUUCCCAGAAUUUGUGUGGUUUGUUAAUUUAUAUAAACUGAAACCAUGGAUUAUACCAAGCGAAUCACUUAUUUCAAAUUUGAAUCUUAAUGAAAUGACAAGUCAAAAGACCGGUAAAACUCAGAAAGAUAAAAAAGAUAAAACUGAGAGUAAAAAAAAAAGAUAAAGCCGAGGGUCAAACCAAAAGUGAACCUGAGGGUCAAACCAAAGGUGAAACUCAGGGUGAAACCAAAGGUAAACCUGAAGGUGAAACCAAAGGUAAACCUGAAGGUGAAACCAAAGGUAAACCUGAAGGUGAAACCAAAGGCGAAACUGAAGGUGAAACUGAAGGUGAAAAGAAAAGUCAAACUGAGAUAGAACUAGAGUUAUUCAUGAAAAACUAUUUAUUUUUUCAAUUUAGAGAGGAUUUUACUUUAAAUCAAGGCCUUUUCCAAGAUCUCCAAAUCUAUUGUCUCUUGCUUAGAAUGAUAAAUCGAAAAAAAAAUGAUGCUAUCAUGGAUUCUAAGGGAAAAGUUAAAUUUGGGUCUAAUGCCACAGAUGGAUCAGAAAGAGAGUGUUCCAGAUUCAAAAAGAAAUGUUCCAGAUUCAAAAGAGAGUGUUCCAGAUUCAAAAGAGAGUGUUCCAGAAUUUUUAAAAAAGACGGGAUUUUUGGUCGACCCCCUUCCGCUGUCUAUCAAACCAAAUGGAGAAUUUCUUAUGUAUGAAACGAUAGUUAUUUCGUUGGUUCAUAAGAGUAAACAAAUUCUUAAUAAAGAAGACGUAAAACAAAGAAUAAUUCGCGCUCGAGAGAACAAUAAUUGUGAUCCGCUUCUUAUUGAAAAUAUUUUAUCAUCUAGGCGUCGUAGAGAAUUAAGAACUCUAAUUUGUUUCAAUUCACACAAAUGGAAUGGCGUGGAUGCAAAUUCUCUAGUUUCCAACAAAAAUAAAGUUUGGGAAGAAAGCAACCCUGGGCCUAAGGAUCAAAAUAAAUUAAUUGAAUUUUUUCUUUGGCCUAAUUAUCGAUUGGAAGAUUUAGCUUGUAUGAAUCGUUAUUGGUUUUUAUACUAAUAAUGGGAGUCGUUUCAGUAUGUUAAGGAUCCAUAUGUAUUUACCAUUGAAUUUAAAUUGGUGGAAAUUUAAUUGAUAGUAGUACUAUCUACCCUGUAGCAGGGUAGAUGGUAGCAGGUUAGAUGAAAACCAAUAUGGACACAUACCCUAUUUUAUACCUCAUUUUAAUUUGGAUCUAACUGAAUUGAGGAUACCAUAUAUCUAUCUAGAUCUAUAUAGAUAUAUUGUACCUCAUUAAAAGAAUAUUAAGUUGAAAAAAUUCACUUUGAUUUUAUUAAUGAACCCUAAAAGAAAGGGUUUUCUUUUGAUUUGAAUUGAUAGACUUAGUUAGAAGAAUUCCUUUUUAGCAAUAAAUGUCUUUCACAUCCAGUGAUAACCUGUAAAUCAUUUGAAAUGGCAGUUCCAAAAAAACGUAUUUCGAAAGCCAAAAAGCGUAUUCGUAAGAACAUUUGGAAAAGAAAGACUAUUGAGGUAAGAUUAAAAGCUCUUUCAUUAGCAAAAUCUCUUUUAACGGGUAAGUUUCAAAGUUUUUUUUACAAAAAAAAUAAGAAAACAUUGGACUCAUUUCUGUCAAGUUGAUUUAUUCUAUAAUAUAGAAUAAAAGUAAAUAAUAUUAUCCUUUUUUUCUUUAUUUUUUGUUCGUUCGUUUUAGUUACUAAUCAAUUAUUUCAUAUCUAUGAAAUGAAUCUAGAACUUAAUUAUAAAAAAUUAUUUUAAAUGCAUAUUAUAUAUCAAUGAAGGGAGUUCAUUUAGUUUAUGAUAAAAAAACUUACAAAACAGAGGUUCCGUUGAAUUUCAAGUAUGGAAUUUCACCAAUAGAAUACACCGGCUUACUUCCCACUUGAAAUUGCACAAAAAAGACUAUUUAUCUCAAAAAGGUUUACGUAAAAUUUUGGGGAAACGACAACGACUUUUAGCUUAUUUAUCAAAAAAAAAAUAAAUUCCGCUAUAAAGAAUUAAUUGAUAAAUUGGAGAUUAGAGAGACAAAAACUCAUUCAUUUUGAAGUUGCAUAGCUUUUCAAACCUAUUAUAGAGGUAAAUUUAGAACAACAAUAUGGUUACUGAAACAAUUAAAAAAGAAUAGCUUGGGGUAGUGAAUAGAAAGACAUCAUGUCCCUUUUGUCUAUUGAUUCUUACUGUAUAAAUUUGAAGGGAGUAUUUAUUUAAAACUUUAAAACAAUAGAUUGAGUUAAUUAAAAAAAGAAUCCUUAUUUACCCUAUUAGGUAGUUUGUAGGUAGUUUGCGUAGUUAUAAAAAAAUGAUAAUAUUAAAACAUAAAAUAAUUUUUUUUUAUUUUCAAAACCAAUCCAGAAAUCUAUUGAUUAGAAUCCUUCUGAGAAUUCAUUGAGUCAUAUAGUAUCUAAAAACCAAGUAUCUUAUAAUUUUAUAUUGGAUAAAAAUAAUAUUUGGAGGAUACUAUAUCGAUAAUUCAUAAAGUUUAUAAAUUUAUUCGUCCAAUGGCACAUUCUGUAAAGAUUUAUGAUACAUGUAUAGGAUGUACUCAAUGUGUCCGAGCCUGCCCCACCGAUGUUUUAGAAAUGAUACCAUGGGACGGA